AUGAACUCCAGCAGCAGCAACGGCGAUUCGGCAGCGAGUCAGCCCACCGGGGAAGAGGAGACCCUCAGCGAAGAGAACCUCGAGCUGCUCUCGCUGGUCCGAAAGUUCUUCCACCUCUUUGGCAUCUUCUUCUUCGGCUACAUCAUCGGCUACCUCGGCCUGUCGCUCUGGUGGAUCUCAGUGGCGGCCUUCCUGCUGGUGGGCCGUGAGAAGCACUACUCAGUGCACCAGCGGCGGGUGGACUUUCAGCGAGCCGUCGCCAACGACGAGAAGUCCAUCAUCAAGUGCUCGGUGAAGGACCUGCCCUGUUGGGUGCUCUUUCCCGACACCGAACGCGCCGAGUGGCUGAACCGGGCGCUGAAGCAGCUGUGGCCAUUUGUUGCGCAGUACCUGGCGGACUUUCUAAAGGCGAACGCCGAGCAGAACAUCGACGACAUCAUGCCCGACUACUGCAAGGGCUUUCGCUUUGAGAAAAUCGACUUUGGCAGCGUCGUGCCGCGCAUCGGCUCCGUCAAGUGCUACGACGAGAACACUGACCGGAAGGAGAUCAUUCUCGACAUUGAGCUGAUCUACGCCGGCGACUGUGAUAUUCAAGUGAAGAUAAAGGGCCUUGGUGCCGGCAUCAAGGACUUUCAAGUGUACGGCGUGAUGCGCGUCGAACUGAAGCCCCUCAUCAAGGACAUGCCACUCGUUGGUUGUGUCUCAUUUUACUUUCUCAAGAAUCCCGUUAUAGAGUACAAUUUUACCAAUUUAGGCAACAUUCUCGACUUUCCUGUCAUGAGCGAGUUUCUCCGGCGAGGAAUCAAGGAGCAGUUCGCCAAACUGCUGGUGCUGCCAAACAAGUUCGUCCUGCCGCUGGUGCCUGACUUUCAGGCGAGUUCGAUCAAGUUCACGCAACCGAUUGGCGUCGUUCGGUUGGAGGUGAUCGAGGCGCGACACCUGAAAAAGUCCGACGUGGGCAUGCUAGGUUGGUUUGAAGGCGUCCUCGAUGGAGAAGUCGUCGUCGAUGCCUCUAACAGCACUUUUUACGUAGGCCUCGGCAAGUCGGACCCCUAUGUGAACAUCAUCGUGGGCAGUCAGGAGUUUCGCACCGCCACCAUCUACAAUACGGUGAACCCAAAGUGGAACUUCAUCUGCGAGACGCCGGUCUUCCUCACCACGCAGAGCAUCGACCUGGAGGUGAUGGACGAGGACCAGGGCAGCAAGGACGACUUUCUGGGGAAGGCGUACUUCAGCCUGGACAGCAUCAAGAAGGACGGCGUCGUAGAUGCGUGGAGCAACCUGAAGGAGACCAAGACCGGUCGGGUGCACGUCAAGAUGACCUGGUUCACGCUGGAGCACUCCACCGCCAAUCUGGCCGCACAGAGCAAGGAGGGCAGUCGCGUCAGGGCGAGGUACCACCGAGGGCUCACCGAGGAGCAGGGUCAAUCGAGCAGCAGCAGGUCAGGAGAGCAGCAGCCCAUCGGCUCGGUGGCCUGUCUGCUCGUCUACCUGGACUGCGCCAAGCACCUGCCCAUCUCCGCUAAGUCCAUCGGCGAGCCCAGUCCGCAGGUGAUCUUCAAGCUGCGGCGGCAGACGCAGCGCAGCAUCGUCAAGAACUUCACUUCUAAUCCAAUCUGGGAGGAGACCUUCCACUUUCUCCUCGACGACUACAGCCCCCACGACGAGCUGUCCAUCGAGGUGGUGGACAGCAAAAGUAGUCAGCUGAUUGGCCAUGUCUCUGUUCGGAUGCAGUCGCUGGUCGAAUCGAAGGACAUGACCUUCACUGAGCCGCUACUCGUCCGCCAGUUCAGCCAUAGCUUCGACCUGCACUGUAAACUGUCGCUGUACUUUCUCCGUUCGCCCUCUCAGGAGAAGGUGAAGAUAGUGCGCGAUGACACGGUGGACAGCGAGGAUGCGGACAACAUUCCCACAAUGGAGGACAUGAUCAAGGGCACAGUGGAGCCAUUUGCCAUGUUCAGCGGCAUUCAGGGGGAGAAGCUGAUUGAGAUCAGCCAGCACAAGCGGCUAAAUGGAAACAACAAGAAUGGCCACUCCAGGGACCCUCUCCUCAGUGAGGCAGCGGCAAACAAUGGUGGCGGUGGUGAUCCUCGAUCUAAGGAGCUAGAGUUGAACAUCUACCCGAUGCUGCAGGUGUCAGUCAACAAACUGCUCGAGGAGAACAAGCUGGAGGUGCUGGUUCACAAGGCUAGCAACCUGAGGAGGAUCAACAAUCAACUCCCCAAUCCGUACGUCAAACUGUACCUGCAGCCAGAUCGGAAGGUAGUUCGUGACAAGCGGAAUCGCUCAGUGACCAUCAAGAGCACCUGUCAUCCUGUCUUUGAGGAGAGAUUUUACGUUGAUCUGAAUGAAGACAUUGAAUCGCUAAAGUUCGUCGUCUUCACCUCAACCAACGGAAUAAUAUUCAAGCGAGGCAAAGUCAGCCUAGGCUACGUGGAGAUUUAUUUCAAUGACAACUUCCUGGAGAAGAACUCACUCUCCUUUACCAAGUGGUACGAACUGGAGCAACAGGAUGACUGA